AUGGCGAACCCCGAGGACAACGAAGAAUAUUUGAUAUGGUUAUUAGAUAACCUGUGCUCGAAGUUAAACGUUGACCCCUUCGCUGCGAAAAGAGCAAGCGUCUCAUUUUUCGAAAUAAAACGAAAUUACACACUUGAUGGCGACCAGCAACAUUGGAUGGCGUGUGCCCUCUAUGUGGCAUGCCGGUCAUCAGUGACGCCGACAGUGUCGACUGGCAAGGUUUUGGAGGGAAAUUGUGUCAGUCUAACUAGGCUACUUAGGCUUUGUAACAUUAGCCUUAUUCAAUUCUUCAAUAAAAUUAAGAAUUGGAUGGAGAUGGCAGCAAUGUCUACAGACUUUAAAGAUAGGAUAUCCCGUCUCGAACGCAAGUUUGCAGUCUCCACAGUGCUAUUCAGGAAGUUUAAACCAAUUUUUCAAGAGAUUUUCAGAGGCCUCACCAAUGAACCUGUUAAGCAGAUUACUAAGAGCAAAAAACAUAAACUACAACCCUGUACAACAAAUGCUCUGUUUGAAUUUGCAUGGUGCCUCUAUGUCUGUGUAAAGGGGGAGUUCCACAAUUCAGCUGAUGACUUGGUUGAUAUGUACCAUGUGCUCUUGUCCUGUUUGGACUUUGUAUUUGGAAAUGCUUACAUGGCGAGAAGAAUCGACUUGAUUGAUCCUGAAUUUAAAGGUUUGCCAAAAGAUUGGUUAAAGGAGGAUUUUGAAUUGCCAAAGAAGCCUCCCUGUAUUAUAUCAACACUAUGCGAAAUCAUGGACGGAAUGUCUUUAGAAGCUGGCACCAUGAAAGAGUACAGUUGGAGACCUGUUAUUAAGACCUUCUUUGAAAAAGGGCUAUUAAAAGGUAACAGCGAUCAACUAACAGGCGUAUUAGAUGUCGGAAAUUUCGACGUGAACCUAAAAUCACUAAACAACUCAUACGAAACGUACGUGCUCAGUGUAGGAGAGUUCGACGAAAGAAUAUUUUUGGGAGAGCAUGCAAACGAACGGAUUGGUACGAAGAAAGACUCUGGCGAUGAAAUAUCACAGGUCAUUGCCACAUUUGGACCAAAUAGCCGCGCCUGUCCGGAUACGCCGCUGACCGGCCGGCGCUACCUGACCCGGCGCACGGAGGAGCUCACGCCCGUAUCAGAGGCCACCAACAGCUUGGCACGCCUCGCCGCAUACCUGAGAAAUUCGAAACCACAGCUUUCGUCGCAAUUUAUGAGGUUUUUCGCAGAAUGUGGCGUAAGCGAAGAAACUACACACGCAAAAGUGAUUCAGCCAUGCAACAGUUGGAUGGAGCAGUUCUCAAACAGCCUGCGGGAGUCCAACUGCAGUACCGAGACAAUUAAAUUCCGCUCUAACAUGGUCAGCUGCCUUUAUUAUAAGGUCUUCGAACAUAUCAUUCGGGAGGAACAUAGGAAGAAGCCACAGGUGUCUCUACAGAUGCUUCUAUCUCAAGAGACGUACCAACUAACAGUAUACGCGUGCUGUACGGAGGUGGUCCUACACGCGUACGGCGUCCAUUCGCUGCGUUUCCCUCGCGUUCUUCAAAUCUUCGGCUUGAGCGCUUUCCAUUUUUAUAAGAUCAUCGAGCUAGUUGUACAGGCUGUUUUUGAUAAACUCAGUCGUGACGUCAUCAAGCAUCUUAAUGCGGUUGAAGAAGAAGUACUAGAAUCCCUUGUAUGGACGUCAGAGAGCCCUCUCUGGGAGCAGUUGAGCAAAUCACCUGUGCCGGCUUCUACCGAAGUUUACAUCUCAGAGUCGCCACUGGCGCGUCGAAAUAAUAGUGGUCUGCAAUCGCCGGGAUCGGCAGCGAUAGACCGGUUCCUGACGCCGAUGGCAGACCAAGCCAAGAAACAGUUGUUCAAAGAUAACAUCAAGCCAGGACAGUCAUUAUUAGUUCAACCGAACAGUGCAACAAAACCGGAAACGAACUCACAAAACGGCCAAAGCCAGCCGACACCGCAGUCUUCACAAUCCUCUCAGGCCUCCAAUGGGGAGACCACUCCCAGCUCCACACCUAAGAAGGCUAACAACUCACUUAUUUUGUUCUUUAGAAAGUUCUACAGCCUAGCAGUAGUUCGUAUGAACGACCUUUGCACGCGGUUACGCCUCACCGACGAAGAGCUGAAGCGCAAGAUCUGGACGUGUUUAGAGCAUUCAAUCAUGCAUCAGACGCAGCUGAUGCGGGACAGACAUCUUGAUCAGAUCCUCAUGUGCGCAGUCUACGUCAUUUGCAAAGUAUCAAACAACCCCAACAACCCAGUGGAGCGAACGUUUGCAGAGAUCAUGCGCUGCUACCGACAGAGGCCGCUGGCUGACAAUCACGUCUACAGAUCAGUUCUCAUCAAGCAGAAUAGCAAUGGAGAGAGUUCACCGGAAAGAGGAGAUCUAAUCAACUUCUACAAUAGAGUGUAUGUACAGUGCAUGCAGAACUUCGCACUUCGUUUCACAGGCAGGCAUAAGGAUGAGUGCUGCCUGUCGCCCCUGCCGGCUGGACGCGGCGAUGCGGCUUACUCGCCGCUGGGACAGCGUGUAUCAGAUCGUCACCAGCUCUACGUGAAACCGCUCACCGAGCCACCUCCGCACCACACACACCUCACUUACCGCUUCAGCCGCAGCCCCGCCAAGGAUCUGCACGCAAUCAACACGAUGGUGUCGAUGGAGGCCGGUGCGAAACGCAGCAGCACAGAUGGGCUGGCCGAGGUGGUGAAGCGCGCGCGCUACCCCGCCGCCGCCGGCGUCGCGCGCAAGCUGCACGGCCUCAUGUCCGAUCGGCAGGCCGUCUAGAUUAGUUCAACUCUUCCACUUUUUCCACCAGAAAAUCAAUGGAUUUAGUCAUAUUUAUUUUGUUUUACCAAAAAUUUUCGCUUUUAGCUUUUUACCGGUCUUACUUCAAAUGAAACAUUUUUAAUGUAUAAAAAAAUUACAAAAUCAAUUUUAUAAAGGCUGAAAAAUAAUGUCACAAUAGUUCCAAACAUAAAAUUGGUGCUAAGAUGUUAGUCUAAAUUCAUUCAUGGCAUAAAAAGGAGCAGUUCAAAGUGGCGCAGGCGUUAACUACAUAUUUUACAUCUAUAUUUACAUCACCUGCCUUUGUUAAGUAUAAGUUAAAUGAUCAAACUUAUUUUCUUCUUUUCAUUAAAACGAAUCUAUUGACAAUGUAUAAAAGAAAGAUUUUUCAGUCUUAUAUUCAAUUCAAUGACCAUAGAUAGUUUUUCAUUCCCAUCAGAAUUGAGGAGUUAUAUUAUUAUUGUAGAGUUGUGCUAUCACUGAAGUUGAUCUCAUAUCUUUAUUUAUAACGAGUGUGAAUAGUAUUCAUAUGCCAUACAUAAUUGUAACAUUGCUCACUGCUAUGUAAUUGUAGUUUUUAGGAUGGCUGUGUCUACAAAUUUCUACUCUAGGACUCUCACAUACGUUAGUGCGGUUCAUGGUACUGCGUCCGUAUACAGGGCUAUUAUGUACUCUUAAAAUGAAGUAAUUCUAAUAUUAUAGUGUACGAAUUAUAAAAAGCGACAAUAUUGCUGUCGUUUUUGGCAACAGGCCGUUGUCGAACGUGUCGAGGGCAAACUUGCGUAAAGUAUGCGUAACCAUUAUAAGAAUAUGAAAAGAUUAUUUUAUGAUUUAUUUUACGUGUAAAUUCAACAUCUAAAGUAGAAUAUUAAUCUUGUAUUGUACAUACCCAAGAGGUUUUUCUUUUACUGCAUUGACUGAAAUUGUGGUCCAAUAACUAACCUUAUUGUGAACCAAUAAGGAAUUAUUUUAAACUUCAAGGUACAUGCUACCUAGCUAUGCCUCCUUAGUUCCUCAUGAUUUAGUUACUGAGUAAUCUGUUCAGUUGACUUUAUAUUUUCUUCCAUUAAUUUUACCUUUAAUUCCUAGUUUGUAAGCAAUCAAAAAGUUAUAAAAUCAAUUUUGUUUUAACUUCGAAUCAAAAUUAUUUGAUUGUAUAUUUCGGACAUAACCAUUUUUAUCAUGUAUUCUAUGUAGAUUUUACUCUCACGAUAUUAAAAAA